AUGUGUAUGGAAAUGAAUUUACAGACCCUUUUCCAGGAUUUUAAUCCUAGCAAAUUUGUCGUGCACACUUGUUUGCUGAUAUUUACGGCCCUACUAGCUUUAAAAUUGGAUAACACAAUAACAUGGUCCUACUGGGCAGUGUUUACACCAAUAUGGAUCUGGAAAUUCCUCGUUAUCCUGGGUGCUACAGUGGGUACAUAUGUUUGGUGGCAAUAUCCUCAUUUCAGGUUAGAAGGUGAAGCAUACAUUCAUUACAAAGCAAUGUUAAUAAGUCUUGCCAUACAUCUAAUAUUACUUAUGUUUGAGUUACUUGUCUGUGAUCAGCUAACUACAUCCCGCCACUAUUGGAUACUAGUCUUUAUACCACUUAUUUUUAUAAGUAUAAUCUCCAUUGCUAUUUGCAUUUGGUGUGUGAAACAUGAUCGUAGCUAUGAGUUGGAACUGUUUUGUGCUGUAAAUAUACUUCAGUUUAUAUUUUUGGCAUUGAAAUUGGACAUUUUCAUUAAUUGGUCUUGGGAAGUUGUUUUUGUUCCACUAUGGAUUCUUAUGUGCCUCAGCCUUGUAGGUGAGUGGGUGCUUUACAGCAUUAUAUUUGCGGGCAUUUUACUACGGACGCCAGAUGCAAAUUUACAGCAAAGGCGGACAAGUUUCAACACAGCCCUGGCUUAUACUUUCACUGUUAUACCCAUAUUAGUAUUUCAGGUGCUAUUAACAAACAAGUUGGAUGAUGAACUAUCACUCUCAUAUAUAGUAGUGGUGAGUCCACUCUUUGUGACUUACGCGACACUUAUCAUAAUGUCCUUCAGUUCCAAAGGAGGAAAUAAAUGGUGGUUCGGAAUCAGAAAAGACUUUUGCCAGUUCCUUCUCUCAGUGUUUCCUUUACUCCAGGAAUAUGCGAAUAUUGCCUACAAUAAUAAUAAUGUAAAUCAAUCAAGUGGUAUACCAACGGAACCCAUGAACCAGGAGCCUUAUAGGGACGAGGAAAUACAGAAGAAAGUGAAAGAAAAGAAGUCUCACAAAAAUCAAAAGAAGAACGAAGCCAUGAAACCAGUAGUGCCUGUGACGAGUAUCGAUAUGCCGGAU